GUCUCUACAUCGUGUUGUGUAGUUCUGCUAGCUUCUUGCUAUGCUUUCUGCUCAUAAGUCUCCGAGAUCGUCUGAUUUUUUUUUAAUCCCAGCUUCUCGUCUUCUAGUUUCACAAAAUUGCGCCUAGGGUUUAUGAAUUCGUUAUUGGAUUCUGGGUUCUUCCUCUUCUUCUUCUUUCCAAAGUGAUGUUGAGUUUCAGAAGAGAAUCUCGUCGAAGAGUAAUACCCAUCACAAGAUGUUGCCUGCCGAGUCAAAGAAGGCCCUGUCUUUCAAAAGGUAUGUUGACGAGGGAGACUUGGUUAUCGUUUAUGAGAGGCACGAUGCGAUGAAACCGGUUAAAGUAUGCAAGGAUGCCGUGCUUCAGAAUCGUUUUGGAGUAUUUAAGCAUUCAGAUUGGAUUGGAAAGCCAUUUGGCACAAAGGUUUUCAGCAGCAAGGGUGGAUUUGUCUACCUGCUGGCUCCCACACCCGAGCUAUGGACCCUGGUCUUAAGCCACAGGACUCAGAUUCUUUACAUUGCGGAUAUUAGCUUUGUGGUAAUGUACUUGGAAAUAGUCCCUGGCUGUGUUGUUGUUGAGUCUGGAACAGGAAGUGGCUCAUUGACUACAUCACUUGCCCGAGCUGUGGCUCCUACAGGACACGUUUAUACAUUUGACUUCCAUGAGCAUAGAGCUGCAUCUGCCAGGGAAGAUUUUGAGAAGACGGGCAUUAGCAGUUUAGUCAGUGUAGAGGUUAGAGACAUUCAAGGGCAAGGAUUUCCGGAGAAACUCUCGGGUUUGGCUGAUUCGGUAUUUCUAGACCUCCCACAGCCGUGGCUGGCGAUUCCUUCUGCAGCAAAGAUGUUAAAGCAGGACGGGGUUCUCUGUUCAUUCUCACCUUGCAUUGAGCAAGUGCAACGCGCGUGUGAAGCCCUCAAAUCAGAUUUCAUAGAUAUAAGGACGUUCGAGGUGCUUCUCAGAACAUAUGAGGUGAAGGAAGUGAAAAUGACAGGUAGCGACGGCCAACAGAGAGGUGAGGGAAUGGGUCUACGUCCGUGCAAGAGAAGGCACCGUUCUAACGAAGAAGAUGGCGAUGUUUCAAAGGACAACUCUUUGAGUGCAUCGCAGGUCGUAAUGGCUCGGCCAAGCAGCGAGUCCAGAGGCCACACUGGAUACCUAACCUUCGCAAGGCUCAAAUGCCUUCCCUAGUUCAGUCACCGACUGUAACCACACCUCCCCGGCAAUUCGGGAGAUUUCACAAUAACCUUGAAUCAAAGAGUGUUUUUGGCCGAAGUACGAAUAUCCAUGCUUAUACAUUCUAAUCGCAUGGCGAACUAUGGAUAAACAUUCAUUGUGAUUACUA